AUGCUGAAGCGUUUCGUUAUACAGUGCGACACGCCCGAAGUAAAGAACGUUAACGGUUCAUUGAAAUCGAAAGAGUUAAAUCAAAUUGUGGAGACCGGAGAACAGGUUUGGAGCGAUACAUCCCGACGCCGAACGCUCGGCCGCCGAGUGCCGAGGCGCAGUGUUGAGUCGACCACUCUCGAGCCUGCGCGUACGCUCGCUUUCGGAGCUCGCCGCGAACACACCUGCCGUUUUCCGUCCGCGCAUCUCAUGAGGACGAUUGAUGUGCUCAAGUGCUAA